AAUCAGAGUCUCAUGCAUGAGGGAAACAUUUUUUUAUUAUCAAUUUUUUAUCAUUCUGUCUGGAAACAAAGUCAUGUUUACAAGGUACAAAGUUGUGCUUUGAGGAAAAACUAGUCUCUGGAUUUUCCAGCUCAAUGACAUGAAAUCUUUGAAUGAGUUUGUUUGACACACAUAUCAAUUAAACUUGUACAUUCUGCUUUAUUUAAAAUCAAAUAAUCAGGACUUGGAUACAGACAGAAAGUUUGAUCAUCUCUACACAUGCUGUUUUGGGGGGGAUUUUUCUGUACAACCAUUUUGUGAAGACGGUCACACCGUUAUUGAUUUUUUCCUCAUGGCAGUCUGUUAUUGUGCUCUAAUCUGUUUCAGAUAAACCCGCCUCUGAACAGCACAUGAAAACAAAACGAAUGCUGCCUCUAUAUAUCAUCAUAAGCAUUAAAAAUAUCCUCUGAAAAGCUUUAUACUUUGAGACUAAAUCUAGUCAGAUUCCAGUGCAGGAAAAUAGCAUAUGCCAUGCUGUGAUUGUGUGAACGAAGCAGUUCCUGUAUUAUAUGCAGAUGUUGGCAGACUUAAUUACAGAAGUGCUGCUGAUGUGAUUUAUUACAUGUGAUGAUUUUAUGACCCGUUCCAGCCUUUUGCACAUGAUCGUGUAAAUGAUGCAUCGUUGCACAGUGUUUAACUAGAACAAGAAUUCAGCAGAGCAGCUUCACCCCGUCUUUUCUCCAGAAGUAAUAGAAUGUGUGGCGUAUGCUGUGUCUUAUUAAAAAGUUGGUAAUGAACGAUACCAAAGCAUCUGUGCUGCUCUUCAUCUGGUGAUUACAGUGGGUUUAUAAAGUCAGUUUAGAGUCACAAAAUCUGUGUAGUAGCCUAUAAUGUCUUCAAACUUAAGCUUUGCAUGAAAAACAAUCUUCUUUAAAAAAUAAAUGACGCUUGGUUUGAUGAAGGUACCAAACAAAAACGCAUGCAAAACAUAUAAUACACUGAACAAAUCGAGAAAAUGCUCUUUUUAGCUGAUCUAAUGACAUUCAGACCUAUCUAAAUACUGCACAUUUCUCCCUCUCAUUGACCCUAACAGCUUUUGAUUAAAUAAAUAUGAUUUUUUGAUUUCAUUCAUCAUCAUCAUCAUCAUCAUCAUCAUCAUAUGCCAGUGUUUUGUUCCUCCCCUCCCACAUCUGAGGGAUGCAGCGCGUGCUCGUCAUGUUAGUCGGAGAAAUGGUCGCCUGACGAGCAUCACCGGAUCCUGAGCCGAGAAGAGCUCGAAUUAACAUGUAAAUGCAGCAGCGGCGUCAAGGGAAAACACCUCUCCAGAUGAGAUGCUCGUUUUGUUCGGGUGACAGCACACAUCUCUACUCGACCACCAUCCAUCGUCAUAAACAUGCAUAUGUGGAUAUCAUCUUUUGCCACGUUUUUCAGCCUAAUUCAGAUGUUCGACAUUUAUGGGGAUAUAUGCACAGGCCUGUGCGUCUGUGAGGAAAGAGACGGGAUUUUUACAGCCAGCUGCGAAAACAGAGGAAUUAACAGUCUGUCAGAGGUAACGCCUUUACACUUCACCGCAUAUCAUCUUCUGCUCACGGGGAAUCUGUUAAAGAAAGUCUCGCUCAACGAUUUUGUUCAUUAUGAAGGACUCACCAUCUUACAUCUGGGCAACAAUGACAUAUCAGAAAUCGAAGCUGGCGCUUUUAACGGACUCCAGGGAUUAAAGAGACUGCAUCUGAACAACAACAAAAUUGAAGCACUAAAGGACGAAACGUUCCUUGGACUUGAAAGCCUGGAGUACCUGCAGAUUGACUAUAAUUAUAUUAGCCACAUUGAACCAAAAGCCCUGAGCGUUUUACGUCACUUAGAGGUGCUCAUCCUCAAUGACAAUUUGCUCUCGUCUCUGCCAAACAACAUCUUUCAGUACGUUCCUUUAACUCAUCUUGACCUGAGAGGCAAUCAGCUCAAAGUGCUUCCCUAUAAUGGCCUUCUGGAGCACUUGAGUCACAUUGUGGAGCUACAGCUCGAAGAAAACCCGUGGAAUUGUUCCUGCGAGCUCAUUGCGCUAAAAACCUGGCUUGAAAGCAUAUCCUACACGGCUUUAGUUGGAGAUGUGGUGUGUGAAACGCCCUUCCGACUGCACGGCCGAGACCUCGACGAGAUCUCCAAGCAGGAACUGUGUCCCCGCAGAGCCAUCGCCGAAUACGAGAUGCGCGCAGAACCGGCUCACGGCAGCGAGAUCCUCUACAAAACGACGCCGGCGACCGUGACGGCGGGCUUCGCGUCCUCGACCAUCCUGCGCUCCACGAAGAGCAGCCGUUUGUCGGGAAAGCUGCGCGUCAAACCCACUCCUCGCUCGUCCUCCGGCAAGCCGCCGAAUUACGGCCCGAUGUUGGCCUACCAGACAAAAUCCCCGGUUCCUCUAGACUGUCCGAACGCUUGCACUUGCAAUCUCCAAAUCUCAGACCUCGGGUUGAACGUUAACUGCCAGGAGCGGAAAAUCGAGAGCAUCUCGGAUCUCGAUCCCAAGCCGUACAACCCCAAGAAGAUGUACCUGACCGGGAACUACAUCUCUGCGGUGUGCAGUUCAGACUUCGACGGUGCGACCGGACUGGAUUUGCUCCACCUGGGCAACAACCGCAUCACCAUCAUUCACGACAGGACCUUCGGCCAGCUAAUACAUCUGAGAAGGCUUUACCUGAACGGCAACUUGCUCGAGCGUCUCACCGAGGAUAUGUUCUACGGACUCCAAAGCUUGCAGUUUCUGUAUUUAGAGUACAACGUCAUCCGGGAGAUCGCAUCCGGCGCCUUUCAGCAGGUGCCCAAUCUUCAGCUGCUGUUCCUCAACAACAACCUCCUCAAGACUCUUCCGCCGGGCGUCUUUGACGGAUUAAACCUCGCUCGGUUGAAUCUGCGCAGCAACCACUUUCGAACUCUUCCGGUGGCCGGCGUGCUGGACGAACUUGCGGCACUGGUGCAGAUCGAUCUGUUCGAGAACCCCUGGGAUUGUUCGUGUCCCAUUUUGGAGUUGAAAAGCUGGUUGGAGCAGCUCGGCGCCGGCACUGUGGUGAACACCGUCGUUUGCGAGUCUCCGCCGAGACUCUCGGGAGAGGACGUGCGGUACAUUCGCUCUUCUCAUCUCUGCCCGGAAAGCUCAAAUGUUCAGUCUUCCGUCGUGCCGCCCUCGGAGGAAUCCUUUCCCGGAAGUACUAUCACCUUAGAAACGGCUUUGGAUUAUGACACGCAGUAUCCAGCGGUUCCCCUUUCCGUUCUAAUACUGGCCUUGCUGCUGCUUUUUAUAUUAUCCGUGUUCGUGGCGGCAGGGCUGUUUGCUGUCAUAAUGAAGCGGCGGAAAAAGUCUGAACGCUUGGCAUCGGUAAGCGCCAACGCAAUCUAUAACGACAGGGCGAAGUCUAGAUCGUCGGCGGGCCAUGUCUACGAGUACAUCCCACCCGCGGCGGAGAGCCUGGCAAAGAACAGCGAGGGAAGCGUGACUUACAGAGACUUCGAAGAGCUCAACAGAGUUCUGGCAUCCAACUCGGAUGAAGACGUUGGGAGCGUGGCGAUAAGCUCCGAGUUCAGCGCGGGAACUCCAGACGCCCUCAACAGACACUCUCCGCUCUUGGACGACAACUACUUUUACCGGGAUAUCUUGGCCAGGGACCAGCAGGCCUCUUACAGGGGUAAUUUGUCCUGUAAACAUGGCACACAUGCAGACUUUGAUGUGAGGCAUCAGUACUUGAAUCCGGAGAGGGUUCAGCAGAGUGUGGUGUACUGCUCGACGCCAGCCGCCGUCUACAUAGAGCCCAACAGGAGCGAAUACUGGGAGCUGAAAGCCAAGCUUCACUUUGAACCCGACUAUUUGGAGGUUCAUGAGAAAAGGACAACUUUCACCCAGUUCUGAAAUAUGCAUUUGUCUUCAUUUUCUUUUCUUAAAAAAAAAAAAAAAAAAAUUUAUCUGAGAGAUAAAAGGGUGAAUCUUAGAAACACCUCAAAAUUCAAAAGAAUUUUUUUAUGUAUGUUUUUAAUUAUCGUUUUAUAUUUAUAGUGAUUUUUAUUUUAUUUAUAUUUUAAUUAUAUUUUGCAUAAAGAAAAAGAAGCCUACUUUUUUGCAUUAUGACAUUAUUUGCUGGACAAUUAAGCACAUUUUCCCUCAAUUUCCAUUGUUAUAUUGCAAAAUAAAUAUAUUAAUGUGGAAACCAAUUGUAUUAUUUAAAUAGUAAAUUAGUUAUACAUCAUAUUUGAUGUACUGCUUUUAAUACAAAAAUGAGUAUUUUUAUAUAUAUAUAUAUAUAUAUAUAUAUAUAUAUAUAAUUGUGACAUUAUUUGCUGGACAAUUAAGCACAUUUUCCCUCAAUUUCUAUUGUUAUAUUGCAAAAAAACAAAAAUGUGAUUAAUGUGAUUAAUAUUAAUAUAUUAUUAAUUCUUUAUUAAUAUUAUAUAUUUAAUAUAAUAAAUAUAUAUUUAUAAUAUGUAUAAUUUAAAUGGUAAAUUAGUUAUACAUCAUAGUAGUAUUUAAUCCUCUGCUUUUAAUACACUA